AUGGCUGCUGAAGAACCAAUACAACCACCACCAACCGAAUUAGGUGGAAUUCAGAUGCAGAUGAAUCAAACAGCAAAUGAAUCACUUGAAGCCACUCGUCGUAUGCUCGGCCUUUGCGAAGAAAGCAAAGAAGCUGGUAUACGAACAUUGGUCAUGCUUGAUGAACAAGGAGAACAACUCGAUGCUAUCGAUGCUGGAAUGGAUAGAAUCAAUGCUGAAAUGCGUGACGCAGAAAAAAAUCUUGAAGGUCUUGAAAAAUGUUGUGGUUUAUGCGUACUUCCGUGGAAACGAUCAAAAAAUGUCGAAAAAAGUGCUGCAUUUAUGAAAACAUUUAAAGGUAAUGAAGAUGGAAAAGUCAAUUCAUCAGGUCCAAGACAAGUGGUUGCACAAGGUGCUAUGGGUCCUGGUUCUGGUUAUAUUCAGAGAAUUACGAAUGAUGCACGUGAGGAUGAAAUGGAAGAGAAUCUUCAGCAAGUAAGUACAAUGAUUGGCAAUCUACGAAAUAUGGCAUGUGAUAUGGGCAAUGAAAUUGGUAAUCAAAACAAUCAAAUUGAUCGUAUUAAAGGAAAAACAGAUAUCAGUCAAAUUCGUAUUGAAGGAGCUAAUAAACGCGCUAAAACAUUGCUGAAAAGUUAA